GUCUCGUCUACGACUUCUAUGAUGAUUUUCAAGACGAUGCGAGCUACAGAACGAGCUGCCAGGAUGUCUCACCGUGGGUUUUGCAUUUUUGCGCAUGCGCGUCGAAAGUGGUUGCGUCAUAAAUGGUUGCGUAGCAACAAACAUUUUAAACAGUUAAGAAGACCGUCGGACACGAACGUGCAUGGAAUGAAAAUUACGGAUACGUUUGCAGGGAUGGCCGACUCCUCGUCGUCUGCAGAUGUCAAAGAAUAUCUGAAAAUUGAAAAUUCGUUGGUGAAACUUGUGAUGACGUCAUCAUCUGUAUUAAGACGGGAAUUGCAGCAAGAGUUGUUGUCUUGGAAAACUCAAGUAGACGAGCAGACAGUCGGGCAGCUGGAUGUUUGGAAUGGACUCGAGUAUUCCUUGCGUGAUGACGUCAAAAACUCACGGUUUUCACUCAGAAAGUUUCCCGUAUAUUGUCGGAGAAAGGUCGAGAGUAACACAGACGAUGUGCAAGUCAUUCUUGAUCUCAAUCAUUUCAAGUCGGAUUUUGUUUACGUUCAUUGUCUCAAGCCGUCGCCAUGCCAACAGUAUUUAGCAGUCAUUGUUGAUUUAGUCGGUCGUGAGCAGUAUUCACUAUUUGUGAUGGAGCCCGGAUGUUCAAAUCCUAUGACGUCAUAUUUGUUUAAAGCCAGCAGUGUGAUGAACAUUGAAUGGUCACAAGUGCCCGGAACCUUUUUCUAUACGACGGUUAGUAAUACAAAUCAUGCAUGUCAAGUAUGGUGUCACACACUAGGAUUGGAGACACACUCGGUCUAUGAAGAAAAAGACAACGAGUAUUAUGUUGAUAUUAAUCGGACUAAGGAUGGUCGAUAUCUCACGAUUAACUGUAAUUCUCGCGAUACAUCCGAAGUUCAUAUUGUUGACAACGAACUCGUGUCCAGAGAGCCGACUGUCGUGUUCGAAAGGCAACCGGGUGUUGAGUGGUAUCUCGAACAUGCAGACGGCAUCUUCUAUUGCUUCACAAAUCACUCUAAGAGUGGUGAAUACCAACUUGUGCGCAUGCGCAGAAAAGGAUUUACGUUUAGCAAGCUCGACGUGUUGGUAGCAUCGGAAGACGGUUUCCUACUUGAAGACAUUGACGUGUUCUGCGAUUACAUCGUGUUGUAUGGACGUCGACUUGGGAAAGCGGUUGUGUCGAUCGUUAACCUUGUGAGUAAGGAGGUUAUUGAUAUCAACCUGCCAAGUCAAGUGACAUCGAUACAGUCAGGAUCAAAUUGUGAUAUAAAUUCUAGUCGAUUUGUAUUUGAUAUUUCUUCGCCAAUUCUACCGGCUACGUUGGUUGCGUACGAUGUAAAGGCGUCAUUACGUCCAGUGGAGAUAAUGUCUCAAUUCCGACUGAGUGGGAUGGACCUCGAGAGCUACGUUAUCUCAGACGUAGACGUUGCAUCACACGAUGGCCAGUCAAUCCCACUGACUCUUGUCCAUCACAGAGACGUCACUCUCGAUCGUUCUAAUCCUUGUAUUGCGUUUGUGUACGGCGCUUACGGUCAGAUAUCGAACACCGGAUUUCAGUCGUCGUAUCUGAGUCUCCUCAAGAGAAAUUGGCUUCUUGCUUUUUGCCACGUUCGUGGGGGAGGAGAGCUCGGUCGGACGUGGUACCAACAAGGACGAUUGCGAAACAAACUGAACACGUUUCUCGACUUUGAAUCGUGUCUUCGGUUUCUGCACGUCAAUGGAUACUCGAGACCAUCUCUAACUACUGUUUCUGGAACGAGUGCGGGAGGCAUGGCGGUUGGAUGGUUGUGUAACAAUAGACCGGAGUUGGUUAGGGCUGCUGUGUUGAGGGUCCCUUUUGUUGACGUGCUGAGCACGAUGUUGAACGCCGAUCUUCCUCUGACGAGCACCGAGUAUGGAGAGUGGGGCAGACCGAGAGACAACGUCGACGACAUGCAGACUAUUUUAUCAUAUUGUCCGUAUGUGAACGUCAAGCAACAGAAAUAUCCUGCCUUAUUGAUAUCAAUUUCAUUUAACGACGAGCGGGUGCCGUUCUGGGGUCCGGCAAAAUUUGUGGCGAAAUUGAGACAUCUAAACGAAUGUGUUGACAACUGGCAAGAUUGGUAUGCGGGAUUAGGCAAUUUGGUGUUGCUACAGACUGAUUUUGGUAACAGUGGACAUUUUGGUUCCGGAGAUGUAAAAUGGCAGAGUGAGAAAGAAGCAUUCGAACUUGAAUUUCUUAUACGAGCCCUCAAGCUACAUUAGCAGCGAUGCAUUCUAUGUGUAUGCUCAAGAAUGAUACACCACACUGAAGGUCAGUGACGAUUGAGUGCCAGACGACCGAUGCUGUUAUACAGUAUGUGUAUCGUGUUACUCUAUAUUGGCAUGUCUGUGAAAUUAUCUAUGUACACAUUGAUAUUAACAUGGUUGUGCCAGGAUGGGAGAGUGGGGAUCGAUCCAGCGACUAAAAUACUGCAGCAAAUUUGGGGUUGACUGUGUAGUGUGACUGUAUGCCUCAAACUUCAGAGUAAAGUAUGUACAAUACAUGUACAUGUACACAUGGACAUCAUAGGGUAUUGGCUGUCAAUCUGGACAUUCAAAUGGUGACGAGUUUGUCUUGAGAGUUGCUUCUCUGGCUGUACAUGGACUAGUGACAAGUAAAAACUGAAAAGUUUACGACUUGGGUGGUUAUGUACACCUUAUAGAUAUCAUUGGUUGUGCUCAUCUGGCAGAGAGAGAUCUGGAAUAAUGCAGCAUGGUUUCUCAAAUUAAUGUUCCAGUAUUGAGCCCUCCCUGCUAUACUCACGUGUGGG